AUGUACAAGGCCGUUAUCCUGCCGACGCUACUGUACGAAGCAGAGACCUGGACGGUGUACACGAGGCAGGCACGCCGUCUGAACCACUUCCACCCCAGUUGUCUUCGUCGCAUCCUGCGGCUGAACUUGCAGGAUCGCAUCCCCGACACUGAUGUGCUGGAACGAACGCGAAUGCUCAGCAUCUACUCCAUGUUGAGACAAAUGCAGCUGCGCUGGAGCGGCCACCUGGUGCGCAUGGACGACGAACGGCUACCCAAACGACUCUCCUACGGAGACGUCGCGACGGGUUCUCGCCGUCAAGGAGGCCCAAUUCGUCGAUACAAGGAUACCCUGAAGUCCUCCCUGAAGCUACUGCAAAUCAAUCCGACCAACUGGGAAGAGCUCGCCUGCGAUCGUCCGGCAUGGAGGAGAAUAGGGAAGACGGGCGCUGCUAUCCACGAAGUCAACCGCAUCGCCGCCGCCAAAGCGAAACGCGAAGCCCGCAAAUCCCAACUGCGCCCAGUCAGCAACGCUGCCGCACAACUGCUUCUAACGUGUCCUCGAUGUAAGCGGACAUUCCGGGCUCAAAUCGGCCUUGUUGGACAUCUUCGGAUCAACUGUAUCUCUCGAACUGCACCAAACUUCAUCCCCCCGCCCACGUCAUCCUCGUCCUCUCUGCUGCCGAAUAACUCUGUGAAUUCUUCUGCACCACCACUUCCAUCCUCCUCCUCUGCCUCCUCUUCCUCCUCCUCCUCCUUCUCCUUCUCCUCCUCCUCCUCCUCCUCCUCCUCCUCCUCCACCACCACCCCCACCACCACCACCACCACUGCCCCAACGGCGGCCGCUCAGGCAGCCGUCUCGCACAUCUCCGACCGCGACACAACAACCGGCACCACCCCCGCCUCUCCUGACUCCAGCAAUGAGAAUCAGGACUACACCUGCCCUCACUGCGAUCGCACAUUCACCUCAUGUAUCGUCCUGGUCGGUCACUUGCGAAUCCAUCGCACAGAGACUGGCGAACCAGUGCCUGAAGCACCAACCUACACCCACCGCACUCGCCUCCACUGCCCACACUGCCCUCGCACCUUCACGCAUCGCAUGGGUCUAUUCGGCCACAUGCGCAUCCACGAGAGCGGAAUCGACCACAAUUCCGACACACCAACCACGCCCAUUAUCCACAGCACCACCCUCGCACCGUCCAUCUGCGCCACCACCAACGCCUCCUCUGUAGCUGAUUCUGACACCGCCGACUUCACGUGCCCACACUGUCCACGCACAUUCACCUCACGCAUCGGCCUGGUCGGUCACUUGUGA